ACGAGAGAAAGAACAAUGGGGGCGAAGAAGCAGAGCCAGGGAGUGAAAAAUAAGGGUAAUGGCGCCAACAAUGAUGUUUUCGCGUCAUGCUCCUUCUCCAGCCUUGGACUUGAUUCCAAUUUAUGUGAACAACUUCGUGAUAGGUUGGGGUUUGAAGUUCCAACGCUGGUGCAAGCUCAAGCAAUUCCCGUUAUUCUCUCGGGGCGGCAUGCAUUGGUGAAUGCUGCAACGGGCACGGGGAAGACUGUUGCGUAUUUGGCUCCGAUUAUUCAUCACUUGCAGGGUUAUGAAAAUCGGAUUCAGCGCUCUGAUGGAACAUUUGCGUUGGUUCUUGUACCGACGCGGGAGCUAUGCUUGCAGGUUUAUGAAAUUCUUCAAAAGUUAUUGCAUCGGUUUCAUUGGAUUGUUCCAGGAUACAUCAUGGGUGGUGAAAAGAGAUCAAAAGAGAAAUCAAGGCUGCGCAAAGGCAUAUCAAUUCUUAUAGCAACUCCUGGGCGCCUUUUAGAUCACUUGAAGAACACAACAGCAUUCUUGUACUCAAAUUUACGCUGGAUAAUUUUUGAUGAAGCUGACCGGAUUUUGGAAUUGGGAUUUGGAAAAGAUAUAGAGGAAAUACUAGAUCUUUUAGGCUCAAGGAAAAAAGGGCAUGGUGAUCAAGAGAAUACAGUUCUAACACACUCUAAAAUUCAAAGACAGAAUUUGCUUUUAUCUGCCACCUUAAAUGAGAAAGUGAACCACCUUGCUAAAAUGAGUCUAGACAAUCCAGUUAUGAUUGGUCUUGAUGGUAAGAAAAUGGAACCAAUUUCAACAAUUAAAAGGCUUGAUUCUUCAGAAUCUGAUGAAGACAGUGAAGAUAAAUAUUCCAGUAAAGUACCAACAGUUGGAGAUUACAAAGUCCCCAUACAGUUGAUUCAGAGAUACAUGAAAGUGCCAUGUGGUUCACGGCUUCCUGUACUUCUUUCAAUUCUAAAGCAUCUCUUUGAAAGAGAACCUUCACAAAAGGUCGUUUUAUUCUUUUCAACAUGUGAUGCAGUAGAUUUUCACUAUUCACUGUUAAGUGAAUUUCAAUUUUCAUCCUAUCCACAAACAGAAGGGGUCCGACAGGUGUUUCUUGGAUGCAAAACUUUCCGGUUACAUGGUAAUAUGCAACAAGAGGACCGGAGAACCAGUUUUCAGGCCUUUAAAACUGAGAAAUCUGCUCUGCUUUUGUCCACUGAUGUUUCUGCUAGAGGAUUGGAUUUUCCAAAGGUUAGGUGCAUCAUACAAUAUGAUUCUCCUGGGGAAGCUACGGAAUAUGUUCAUAGAGUUGGUAGAACUGCUCGACUGGGUGAAAGAGGAGAGUCAUUAUUAUUUCUGCAACCAGUUGAAAUAGACUAUUUACAGGACUUGGAGAAACAUGGUGUCUCACUCACGGAGUAUCCUGUCCUCAAAGUGUUGGAUAGUUUUCCACUACAAAAGAACCACACAAAGAAGUCUGUUUUCUUAGAGUCACAUCCCUGGGUCCUUUGUCUCCAGAAGGCACUUGAAGCCUUCAUCAUGUCCAAGCCCGAAAUGGAUGAACAUGCCAGGAAGGCAUUUUGCUCUUGGGUUCGUGCGUACACAGCCCAUCGCGGUGAGCUGAAAAGAAUAUUUAUGAUCAAGAAACUCCACUUGGGGCACGUAGCAAAAAGCUUUGCAUUGAAACAACAACCCUCCUUAGUUGGGCAGUCAUUCCAAAAGCAAAAUAAGAAGAGAAAGAGAUUUGAGAAGAAAAACGGGUUUACAAAAAAGAGAAAAGUUGCCAGUGUGACAGAAUGCAGACCAUGAAAGUGGAUUUGAUAUAAAGUUUUGAUAAAAACAAAAUGAUGGUGACGAAUGAUGACUAUGGAUGGAUCCAAGGGAGACCAGAAUCUUGAUCAUUGUAUCAACAAUAGGGUUACUAAGAGACGUGAGAUGAGGUAGUGUCAAUGCCUUCGGUUCUGUUCAUUUUUGUAGACCAAAUUUCUAACCUUAGGCUUCAAGCCAGAUGCUUGCAUGUAUACUACUUUUAUUUAAUAUUUUAUAGUGAUAUUUAUAUAAACCUUUUUUAUGGU